UGCUGGCACCAUGAACCCGCUGUAAGGCGCAGGCUGCGCGGCGGGGCGGGGAGGAGGCGCCGGCGCCGCGGUGAAGUUCUCCGCCAUGAACCUGAGGGGCCUCUUCCAGGACUUCAAUCCGAGUUAUUAUUUCAAGAAGGAAGCUAACAGUUACCAAGAAUCACCUGUUUGGUGCCAUGCCCUGCAAGAACUGCUUUCUGUAAAUUCCUCAUAUACGCCUGUCUGCUGCUGUUUUCUGUGCUGCUGGCCCUUCGUCUGGAUGGCAUCAUUCAGUGGAGUUACUGGGCUGUCUUUACGCCAAUAUGGCUGUGGAAGUUAAUGGUCAUUGUUGGCGCCUCAGUUGGAACUGGAGUCUGGGCACGAAAUCCCCAAUAUCGAGCAGAAGGAGAAACGUGUGUGGAAUUCAAAGCCAUGUUAAUUGCAGUGGGUAUCCACUUGCUCCUGCUGAUGUUUGAGGUCCUGGUCUGUGACCGGAUCGAGAGAGGAAGCCACUUCUGGCUUCUGGUCUUCAUGCCACUCUUCUUUGUCUCCCCCGUGUCUGUUGCAGCUUGUGUUUGGGGCUUUCGACAUGACAGGUCACUAGAGUUAGAAAUCUUGUGCUCUGUCAACAUUCUUCAGUUUAUAUUCAUUGCCUUAAGACUGGACAAGAUCAUCCACUGGCCAUGGCUUGUUGUGUGUGUCCCCCUGUGGAUUCUCAUGUCCUUUUUGUGCCUGGUUGUCCUCUACUACAUCGUGUGGUCCGUCUUGUUCCUGCGUUCCAUGGAUGUGAUAGCGGAGCAGCGGAGGACACACAUAACAAUGGCCCUGAGCUGGAUGACCAUCGUCGUGCCACUUCUAACUUUUGAGAUCCUGCUGGUUCACAAACUGGACGGCCACAAUGCAUUCUCUUGCAUACCGAUAUUUGUCCCGCUGUGGCUUUCACUGAUCACUCUCAUGGCAACGACCUUUGGACAGAAGGGAGGAAACCACUGGUGGUUUGGUAUUCGCAAAGAUUUCUGUCAGUUUCUGCUUGAAAUUUUCCCAUUUUUAAGAGAAUAUGGAAACAUCUCAUAUGACCUUCAUCACGAAGAUAAUGAAGAAACGGAAGAAAGCCCUGUUCCGGAACCUCCUAAAAUUGCUCCUAUGUUUCGAAAGAAGGCCAGGGUAGUCAUUACACAGAGCCCUGGAAAGUAUGUGCUCCCUCCUCCCAAGCUAAAUAUCGAAAUGCCAGACUAAAGGCACUUCUUUCCGGGAGGGAACAUGGGUGGAUCGGACACACACUCCUCGCCCUCCCUCUGCCUCUGUCUGCACCCUCCACCCAGGGCUGGAACUGGAGCCGGGCCCCCAAGGACUGUCAUCUCCUGCCUUGUUUGCAUUCAAAGCCUCUCUGUGACUCCCCACCACGUGUCACAGAGGAGGAGGGGCCUGGACGACGGGUGUGGGGGGUGUCAGGGUAAGCGUGCUUGACGGAGAGUGUGCCCACGAAAACAGGAGAAACUGACUUCCACAUGGGCCUGAGGAGCUGGCUUAUCGCCCUCAGGGGUGGCUGAUGAGGCCCAGGAAGGGGGUCUUUGUGUCUGUUGGGUAAAAUGCUAAACAGGAUCACAGCAUUUUGAAAGCACGUCUGCCAGGAUGUGUGGCCCAGACUUCUCCUGCAUAGUCAGUAGGAGCUCUCCACGUGUCGCUGUCGCCCACUGGUUGUAUGCCUUGCAGGCCUCACUCCCAGCACCCUACCCGGGAAGGCCUUGCUCUUGGGGCAGGACCACGGCAGGUUUUCCUUAAAGCCUCCCUGGCAAGCCCUUUCUCAUGGAGUAACUCCAUGGCUGUAUAGUAUUUAUACAAAUAUUUUAGCAUUGUGACAUACGGUGUGCAAUCCUACUCUGUACAGUCUACUCUGUUAAAGUAUUUUUUUACAAGCUUGUACUCGAGAUGGACGUGCUCUGCGCUGGAGUAUAAGCUGGCGGCAUACUGCCUGCCCCAGCAGGGGCUGCCUUGUGGGACACAGCCAUUCACCCACUUGAGGUUCUCCUCGGAUGGAGCAGCUGCUACUACCAGGACAGCCACCACAAGUGGGAAACAGUCCGCGCUGUUGCAACCUCCAAGGACUGUUGGCUUGCCAAAAAUCACAAAGCACUGUUUGAAACUGGAACCCUACAGAAGGUGGUCAGAGACGAAACCUGAACAACGGUAUCAUGGGUAGCUCCAAGUCUGCAGAUUUUGGUCUGCGGUGACGAGAGAACUUUAGCCUGAGUCCCACACUUUUCAUUCUGAGAGUGGUUUCUGUAAGCACCGCUGGCAUAGCCGUGGAUCAGAGGAGGGGAGAAACCAGUUCUUACAGGUAGGAGACCCUUCAGCCUGAAAAGAAAGCGUUUUCUACAGCAAGGAAAGAGGAGGGUUGAUGUUCUCACCCAGGAGAGGCGAGGAGGAGUUUCAAAGGAGGCCACUGCCUGGUCGUCUGUUUGAGCUACAACUGAACCCUGUAAACAGCUCCUCCCCUGACACUGAACUCCGCCAAAGCUGCCCUCGUUUGGGGGCACAGGGUGAAUGGGUGGUGUCGCUGUGCCUGCGUGGUGUGUAAGAAGUUCAGCUAAACUCACUAUUCCAGCUCCCUCAGCUGUUCAAUAAAGCAGUUCCUCACUUUUGACGUGCA